AUGGGUGACUUAUUUUUUGGGACAUAAUUGAAAGAAAAAAAAGUUAAUAUUCUUACGAAAAUUGAGCUCAUAUUUUUUUCUUCCUUCUUCUUUAUGUUUGCGUAAAGAUGAAUUCAGUAGCAGCGCAAGAUAAUAAGAAUGCGGAAAUUAUUAGUAAUAAGUCGAUAAAGAGAAAUCGCGAUAGCAGCAAGCAUCCUGUUUUUAGAGGCGUUCGAAUGAGGAAUUGGGGAAAAUGGGUGUCAGAAAUUCGCGAGCCACGUAAGAAAUCACGUAUUUGGCUUGGGACUUUUCCAAAUCCAGAAAUGGCAGCUAGAGCUCAUGACGUGGCAGCUUUAAGCAUAAAAGGUAAUUCAGCUAUACUUAACUUUCCUGAACUAGCCGGUUUACUUCCUAGACCGGCUACACUUAGUCCGCGUGACAUUCAAGCAGCCGCAGCUAAAGCCGCAGCAAUGGACAAGUUCGAUGAUGAUAAUAAUAAUAAUAAUAAUAAUAAUGAUAAUACUUCUCCGAAUAAUUCAACUUCGUCAACAUCAUCAAAUAUGUCCACAUCUUCAUCUUUAUCAUCGCUGGUAUCGGCGAUAGAUUUGGCAACAUCAGAAGAAUUGACGCAAAUAAUUGAGUUACCGAAACUAGGUACAUCUUUUGAAUUGAAGAAUGAUUUUGUUUUUGCGGACUGUUCCGCUAUGGAAACAGGCUGGUUAUAUCCUGAAGAUGGAGGAAUGAUUUCUACCUGUUUUGAUCCUUCUUUGUUGUGGAAUUAUUAACGUAACCUCCUUG